AUGAGCUCCCCCAGCGAUGAUGAACGGCACCAAACAACUAUCGAUCCCUCAAGAUUAUCAUCCGACCACCUCUCUCCCUCUACAGCAGUGGUCCACCCAGAAACAGCCUCUAUGGUGGCCGAAGAAGACCCGGCACAACGGGACCCAACACGAUCAUUCAAAUCAUUAAAAUCAAAACCACACAGAUGCGGAUUCGACCUAGGUAAUUCCUGGACAUGGGAAAUCGGUAGUGCGGGCCUCAGUGUAGUUGGUAUCGCACUCCUUAUUGGGUUUCUUAUCAGUAUUCACGGCAAACCAUAUGUGAAUUGGCAAUAUACAGCCUCACCGAACACAAUCAUCUCUAUUAUUGCAGCCAUCACCAAAGCCGCACUGCUCAAUGCUGUUUCAGCCUGCCUGGGCCAGCUUAAAUGGAGGGUAUACGACAGAUCAAGUUCCGCUCCCCUUGAGUACAUGCAAACAAUCGAUGAGGCAAGCCGUGGAUUGUGGGGCGCGCUUAAAGUUCUCUCGCGAGUGGCUUCGGGGUCGAAAAUGGGCAUUCUAACAUUCUCGGGUGCCUCGUUGACCUUUCUGGCCGUCGCGGUUGACCCGUUCGCUCAACAAAUUCUUAGCUUCCCUUCGAGGCAAGUACAGGCUUUGAAUGAAACUGCUUUGAUUCAAUCUGCGUGUAACUAUACAGCCGAUUAUCUUGGCGCCGAUUAUAUGAGGAUAUCCGAUCAACAAACAAGAGCCAUCAACAGUGGGUUGUCACUUCCGGAUACUGGCCUUCAGGCUCAAUGCACCAUGGAAAAGUGUUCUUAUCCGACAUUCGUUUCCUUGGGAAUCUGCAGCAAGUGCGAAGAUGUCACCGAGCGAACGACUCAGAAGUGUGUGGGGACUGUGCUGCCAAAUGCCAAUCGGACAGUUAUAGAUAUGAACUGCACAUAUACAGCGCCCUAUGAGUACAGUGUUACUCUAUCCCUCAAUGACAUAAGCGAUGGUGCUAUAUUUGAUGGCAAGAUCUUAAAAGAGCUUGGAGCGCACUUUUGGGCAAUCUAUUCAAGAAUUCCGUCACCGAUGGCAGACUUCGAGAAAGAGAGAUACAAGAUAUUUGAUAUUGAAACACCAAUUGUUUCGUUUAUUUCAAUUAUUCAGCAGGAAAUGAUUCCCUAUACAAGUCAGAACACAACAGCAUGGCCCCCCAAACCUUCCUUCACUGAGUGUGUGAUGUACUGGUGUGAAAAGGAGUAUGCACCAAGUAAUUUCUCUGCCACAAGCGAUCCAACUCCCGUCUCCCGGGCUCAGAAACUUCAGAUCGUUAUACAGGACGAAGAUUCUAACUGGAUGAAGAAUACUUUUAAGUUCGUGCCACCGCCAGAUUUAACACCCUUGUCCAACAAGUCCUCAACCUACCAUAUUUCUCAAUCCCUCUCCAUGGAUUUGGUAUCACAGCUUGGAUAUCUGUUCAAUGACACUAAAUCUUUUUCUGCGUAUCAUAUGAUGGUGGCAAAUAAUCUAACGGAUGUGGUCAAGUCUUUGUCCACUAGCCUUACCGACGCCAUACGUUCUGCCGAUGUGAGCAGCAGAAUAUCUGGAAAGGCGUUCAGGGCCGAAACCUAUAUUCAUGUUAGAUGGCCAUGGAUCAUCCUUCCUCUCUUUGUUGUUUUGGCAUCUACUAUCCUACUUCUGGCCACUACAGUAUCGACCAGGAAUACUGUACUUUGGAAAAAUUCAUUGCUGCCUUUGUUGAGGAGCUACCUUGAUGUCGAGCCCGAAGACAAUUCUAUUGCACUGCGGAGUGUUGAUGAAGUGACUUGGAAUUGA